UGUUUUUACAUCACAUCUGUAUAUAUGAAUAAGCAUAUCAGAUAUAUGAAAAAGCAUAUAGUAUUAUUAUACAAAAUAUCCGGUACCACAAUUUAUAAAAUGGUUGUAAGUAAUGGCUUUAUUGACAACUAAUACAUAAUUUGAGCUAAUUCUUUAUUGCUCAGUUACAUUUAAUUAUUGAUACAAAUAAAACAUGGUGUUGCCAGAUUGGGUAAAAAAUAACUUUCCCCACAUGAAUGCUAUAGAAGACCAGGAUUAUAGUCAUGCAGACUCCUGUAGACCCUUUUUAAAGACUGAUUAACAUGUAUAACUGCAGACUCAAUUACAUAAUAGAAAGCGAUAAACCCAUGAUAAUUUAUUAUUACUGACGUCUAUAACUGAAUUAUUACCAACGAGAAAAGAUAAAUGCAACCCUACAGUUGUUAUUAAUGGUUUGGUUAAUGCACACACAAACACACUAUGUUGGACUCUGAUAGCUCAGGAUAUGUCUCUUGUCUAAUUGUUUUUUAGAUAUAUAUAUAUAUAUUUUUUUACAAGUAAUUAUUUUUCGAUCAGAAAACUCUUUUAUGGCAGUAAGCAGAAAGAUCACAUGACAGAUUUCUUAAAACCUCAACUAAACAUGUAAGAUCAUCUAUACCAGUGGAGGUAAGUGAGAUCUGUUUUAACUGACUCUUUACAACUACAGGCCAUAGGAAAUAAAAACACUACUUUGUAAUUCAGAUUGAGGCUUUAUUUGGUUACAAUUACUGUGACAGACAAUUUGUAAGCUGUGGUCACAUCAAGGAGUAACAUGCUUUUGUUUGCGAGUCCAAAGUGAGUUAUUCUUUGAUUUGUGUGUUCUUUAGAUACGCUCCAUUCUCGCAGCCCAGUUGUUGUCGUGUUUUGCCUCUUAACAACCAUGACCUCUGACCCUUGACAUCAACAAAGAGACAGGCCAGUCAUGUGACACAGUGGCAUCAGCAUCGCCAUAUGAGCGGUCAAUUAAAUGCCAACAAAGAGUUUAUGGAGCAGCUGCGGAUGCAGGAGCUCUAUGAUCGGAGAAAUGAUGGUGGCUCUGACCCCAACACCUACACUGACCCAGAGGAUGGGACCGUGUACGACUGGGACCAUGCAAAGAAGGCCUGGUUCCCUAAAAUAACAGAGGACUUCAUUGCUGCCUACCAGGCCAACUAUGGCUUCACUCCGGAUGGAGAUCCAGAUGCCAACGCAGCUGCAGUGAGCAGCGCCAACCUAGCAGCCCCAGAACCAGAUAGCAAGCCCUCAGAAAAGGAGAAACCAGGAGAUUCUCAAAAGAAACAGAACCCAGACCAGCAUGAGACCACAGCAGAAGAAGCCAAACAGAAAGGGGAGAAGAGAAAACCAGAUCCAGGAUGGUUUGAUAUGGAAGAAAAUAAAAACACGAACGUCUACGUAUCAGGCCUGCCUCCUGACAUCAGCCCGGAGGAGUUUGCUGAGUUAAUGACCAAGUGUGGCAUUGUGAUGCGGGACCCCAUUAGUGAAGAGUACAAGGUCAAACUCUACAAGGAUAAAGAGGGAAAUCAGAAGGGAGAUGGUCUCUGCUGCUAUCUCAAGAAGGAGUCAGUGGAAUUGGCUCUGCGUCUGAUUGACGAGUCAGAGGUCCGAGGCUACAGGCUCCAUGUGGAAGCAGCCCGGUUUGAGCUGAAGGGCCAGUACGACGCCACCAAGAAGAAGAAGAAGAACAAAGAUUAUAGGAAAAGAAUGCAGCAACAGCAGAAACAGUUGGACUGGAGGCCAGAGAAGCAAGGAGAAUUGAGGAAGAGGCAUGAAAAAGUUGUCAUCAUUAGGAACAUGUUCCACCCCAGUGACUUUGAGGAAGACCCACUGGAGUUGAAUGAGUAUCGUGAGGAUCUGCGGACAGAGUGUGAGAAGUUUGGAGGGGUCAAGAAGGUCAUCCUCUUUGAUAGACACCCAGACGGCGUGGCAUCAGUCGCAUUUAAGGAGCCUGAACAAGCUGAUGCGUGCAUAGUGUCGUUCAAUGGUCGCUGGUUUGGAGGAAGGCAGCUGACUGCUGAGCUUUGGGAUGGAACAACAGACUAUCAGGUGGAAGAGACGACACGUGAGCGGGAGGAGCGACUGAAGGGUUGGUCUACUUUCCUGGAGGGAGGUGAUAAGGGCCCCCAGAACAACACUGCUAAGCCAGCAGAGGGCAGCACCACCGAAACAGAACCCACAGAACCCUCCAGCACCACAGAGCCCGAACCGCUUCCCAAAAUAGAACCACAGAAACAGGAAGAGGAAGCAGACUCUACUGAUAGCAGCCUGGAAGGAAGUGAUGAUGAGAAAGCCUAGAUACUUAUAUGCACAUCUUUGGUCCCCAUGGCUGAACUGUGGUAAACACGGAGGAGGAGGAGGAGGAGGUGGUAUUUGGAAAGUUUGAGCUGUUUUGUAAUGUAGAAAAAUAAAAUUAUGAUUUUGUCUA